AUGGAAAAAUAUGAAGAAGCACUUACUCAUAUGAGUAUUGCUUUACAAAUUGAACCAUUUGAUUUUCAAUUAUUAAAAGCUCAAGGCGAAGCUUAUCAAUCUCUUGGUUAUUAUGAUGACGCUAUAAAAGAUUAUACAUCUGCUUUAAGAAUUGAUCCUAAUGAUGUAGAA